GAAUUAUUGAAUCGAGGAUCACUGACUUGCCAUCGCCCACGCCAUUCAGAGAUUAUGGGGCGUUCACGCAACCCAUGCGUACCCAGUCGACUCUACCAGCGCUGAAAGUGUCCAGAGAUUGUCUCUCAAGAUCUACGAGCUUUCGCAACACCCAUUUGCCGCUGUGAAGCCACUGAGAGCUCGUUCGGGAUGAGCAUGAAGCGGGCAACUUUCGGUUGUACUGAGCCUUGAUCAUCCCUUUCCCCGCGUCUGCAUAGCGUCGCUUCCCAUUUGCAGUCCACUCGACGAGCAGUCGUGUUCGAGCUCGCGAGGAGGCGGUAUUAUAGUCAAGAUGGGCUCCGAACGAUAUCCAUUGCACAACGUAGGGAUCUAUCGUAAUCUACCUCAAUUCGAUCCUCACAUCAAAGGCCUCAAGGCUAUAGUAACUGGCGCCAAUGGUAUCUCCGGCUUCCACACGAUGCGUGUGCUGCUCGAGAGCCCAGAGCGAUGGACCAAGGUCUACGCUCUCAGCCGGAAGCCACCUCCUCCAGCAAUGUUGGCACUUCUGACGGAAGGUCAGCGAAGCCGGAUACAGCACGUAGCCGUUGAUUUUCUCAGUGAGCCAUCAGACAUCGCCCAAGCGAUGCAAAAUGCUGGCGUAGAAGCGGACUAUGUCUUCUUCUACAGCUACCUUCAGCCGAAGCCGCCACCUGAUAUGCCAAAGUCUCAUGCAUGGUCGAACGCAGAUGAGCUCGUAAAGAUUAAUAAGGCGUUGUUCAAAAACUUCUUGCAGGCGGUCGAGCAGCAGCAACUUAAGCCAAAGCGGGUGUUGCUCCAGACAGGCGCCAAGAACUACGGUGUCCAUCUCGGUCGCACAAGGACGCCGUCCAAUGAGUCGGAUCAGGAGCCAAGACAUCUUGAGCCAAACUUCUACUAUCCGCAGUAUGACCUGCUGUACGAUUACUGCAAGCGUAACAACGUCGCGUGGAACAUUGUCUGCCCAGCCUGGAUCAUAGGCGCCGUAACAACGGCCCAGAUCAAUGGCCUGCACCCGUUCGCGGUGUACGCCGCUGUUCAAGCGCACCGAGGCGAAAAGCUGAAGUUUCCCGCGGACUGGAGAUCCUGGCAGCAUGAAGCCUUGCAUGCAACUGCCCGUUUGACCGGUUAUUUGUCCGAGUGGGCCAUCCUCGAAGACAGGUGCAAGAACGAGAAGUUCAAUGCACAAGAUACUUCGCCUUUAAGUUGGGAUCGGUUGUUUGAGGAGCUCGCCCGGUGGUAUGGCGCUCCUGGUGUCAUCCCGCCUUCAGACGAUGAAAGUCAGUAUCAUUCUUUAACCGGCAAACCCGGUAGAGAGACACCCAUGGGCUAUGGUCCACCCACGGUACAUCGAUUCAGUUGGAGCUUGGUCAAGUGGGCCAAGGAUGCAGAGAACAAGCAAGCUUGGGAGCAGAUGAUGGCAAAGUCUAACGGGCAGCUCACCGCUAACCCGUUCGAGGAUGCUGAGGAGAAUUUCCAGAUGGGUGACGCUAUUCUCUCGCCAAUCGGCUCCAUGAACAUGAACAAAGCCCGCCGGCUUGGUUGGACUGGUUAUGUCGACACCCUAGAAAGCAUUCAUGAGAUGUACAGAGAGAACUCAAGGUUAGGGCUCGUGCCGGAGAUGAUGGUAAGCGAGCCCAAGCCUAUGGUGUAGACAUGUGAUGUUGUUUAGACAUCAUUGUUGCAGACUUGGUAGUCAAUUGCAAAGCGGAGUGUUAUCGCGGCUGAUGUUUGGCAUGGAGCUUUAAUGCUUUCUUCACCGGGCUUUUAGCGAAUGCUUGGCGCAAAGGGGCCGACUCCAGACUGACUCGUGCGAGCUGCCUUCAGACUCCAGAGCACAGCCUCCCGCGCCUAGGACCGUCUAUUUCGGUCUCUACACAUGUUUGAGGGCUUCGUGGCGUAUGCUGGUGUUUCCCAUACUCCUGUCACAGUUGCCGACAGCGUGCCGCAGAACCUGCUGCAAUGUGCGUGUGCGAAGGAU